GAGAAGCUGCCCCAGAGGCCUCGCAGCUGCGGACCAAGUUUGAACACGGGCGCUACGAUCAGCAAACCAGGAGGCGUAAAGGGGAAGUAGCAGCGCGCCCCCAGGGCUGGCAGGAAAUGGGGGGGACACGGGGCUUUCCACCGCUGCCCCUCGCUUGCAAAUGAGCCGUGCGGUUUGGACGUGGCUGCGCGGGGCUCUGGCGGAGCGCACGGAGACGCGCAAGGGCCCCGGGAUCCCGAACGCGUGACCAUGGCAACAGAACGUUGUGCUGUCCGUCUCCUUGGCGACGGCCGGGCGGAGGCUGGUGCCGCUCCCGGGGCCGGUCCUGCUUUGCCCUUCCAGGCGCUGGGCACCGGGGGCUGUCCGGCCGCCGCCAGCAUGGCCUCGGAGCUGGACGAAUACGUGCGGGCAGCUUUCCGGGACAAGCUGCUGCUGCUGCCGAAAAUGCCUGAAAGAGAGGAUGACUAUUUGACUUCUGCGGCUUGCCUUUUGGAGAAGAAGAGGGAAAUGGAAGAGGUGGAGCAGGCUCUGCUGGCCCAGAGAGAGGAGUUCCAGGUGAAGAUGGAGAGCUUGCAGCAGCGGCGAAAGGAGCUGGAGCAUAAGGAGGAGCAACUCAAGGAGGCUUUCUUCAAAUUUGACAAGUUCCUGAAGGAGAACGAUGCCAAGCGGCACAGGGCACUGCGCAAGGCGAGCGGGGAGCGGCUGCAGGCAGCACGGAGCAACACGGAGGCCAUACAUCUGCGCCAGGAGAUUGCCCGGCUGCUCACGGAGAGGGACAGGCUGCAGCGGCGUCUGGAAGCUAAUGACAUCUUCCGGAGCUACCUGCAGACGGUGAUAGAGAAAACAGAGCAGUUCCAGGAGAUCAAGGAAAUGAUUGACCGGGUUAGGACACUGGUGGCCACACAGGCAGUGCUGGUGCAGCGGGAACUGGGGAGUCGAGAGCAAGUGGAGGAGGAACAUGCCCAGCUCCAGCAGUACCUGGAGGAGAGCAACAACAAGGUCCUGCAGUGCAACAACCGGCUGGCUGAACUACAGACCCAGCUGGAGCAGGCCCGGGUCCGGGUGCACCAGUGGGAGUCCAAGUGGACUGAGAUCCAGACCACAGCUGCCAAGAAGACCCUUGAGCUGGGACAGAUCAAGAUGGCUGCGCUCAACCUCUUCCAGAUGGCGACGAAGCAGAUGAAGCUGCAGGUGGACAUACCCCUGGAGGACACAGAAGCUCAGCUUGACAAGGUCCUACUCUGCAUGACUGACCUGUCUAACAUCCUUGCUGACCUCCGCAAGGGGGGGCCCCUGCCUAUCCCUCAGACUUUGCCCCCUGCUACGAGCUAAGCCACACAGCAGUCUUCCAGAACGGCCAUCUCUGUGGUACUAACUGUACAGUAGACUAAUUCACUGCACAGCAAAUGGUGCACAUGUAGAUGGUGACGCUUUACUGCGUAGUAACUAGUCUACUGCGUCAAAUCCUGGGGAUCAAAUGGGAGGACUGCCGGACCAGCGCGAGCAUCCUCCAUUAAGCUGCAUCUACCAGUAUCGAAGCCUUACUCUUAAGAAAUCAACUCCAAUGGAUGGGCCACUGUGGCCAGAUGUCUGAGAACCACCUCCCUUGCCAGAUUCUCUUUUCCCAGCUCUCUGUUGGCCAACGCUUAAAGGGCGGCUAAAGGAAAUGGUACAAAGACACACUCAAGGUCACCCUCAAGCACAGAGGCAUCGACACCAAUGGUUGGGAGGAGCAAGCUGCUGACCGUUCAGUGUGGUGCCACCUGGUCCACCAAGGCACGCACCACUUUGAGACCUAAAGACUUGAUUCUGAGGUGGAAUGGCGGCAGCAGAAGGAGGAGACCAACUCAGGGCUGUGGAUCCCAUUCCCCUGUGCAACAACAUGCCUCUAUGGCCAAAGAAUGUGUGUAUCCAGAAUUGGGCUCCUUAGUAACCUGAGGACGUCAUCCUCAACUCUGAGGGACUGCUGCUGCUGCCAAGUUUACUGAGCAGUAAAGCGUCUCAUGUAGACACAACCACCUUGAGCUAAAGGGCCCAGAUUCCAUAGCCGGGGUUGUAACACUCCUGUCCCCCAUACAGCACGAGACCUAGAACACACACUGCCCAGUGUGUUAACCCUGUUAUACCACAGGUGAUUAUUGUCUGUGGACUAUCAUCUGUGGUCAUGCACUGGCUCCACAGCCAGAAUCCCAUCAAUGGUCAGGCACAUAUGCUGCAGUCACAGGGAUUCUUUCUGCUUUUAACAGAGGGGGUCCAGUUCAGUGACAAAGCACUUGACUGCAAGUCAAGGCCCACAUCUGAAAUGUGGUUGACCCCUUUCACUAUUGUUGUGGUGGGGCAUGACCCAUGAAAACCCUUGGAAUAAACCGUUGUUUCUGCAGCAUUUGAAGGCCCUAACCAGGCCUGCCUGCUCAGUGGGGCAGGAAGCAGAGAGCCCUUCAAAGCUUCUUCCGGGCAGCAUCAUCAAUUUGCCAUCUCUGUUGCAGGUUCCCCGGCAGCCCUGUGGCUGGGUCAAAGCCUCAUGUGAUGGCAAGAGGUUCCAGAUCCCUGGAAUUGCCACUCCCUCCCCCUGGACCAAACCUUGGCAGGGACCAUAAACUCCCUAGCACCAUGAUGCCCCUUUGGCUAGACUAGAAGCCCAAACUGAUAGCCUCUCUCCAUGCUGGACUGCCAGGGCCAGGACCCCAGCUAUCUGCAAGAUGCUCAGGUGAAUCCUGACACACUCAGGCCAGGGCUCACUGUACACCUCAGACCCUGUCCUCCAGUACCUCUGCCUACUGCUGUCCUGUUAACCUCUUGCAAUUUGGAGUCUUCCAAGCUUCAGUACAUCUGAUGUACAAAGCAGCUGUAGCCAUGAAGGAAAGAUGAAUUAGAGCCACAACAGUCUCACUUUAUAGGAAUGAUCCCUCUUCUGCAUUGAUACCGCAUCCUCAGGUUAACAAGACUGUAUCAGAAAGCAAAGCCAAUUUUUGCUGGUGCUGAGCUGGGAGCAGAGGAAGAAGCACUGGUUCAUUGAGGUAGGGGGAAAAUGUCUGUUACGCCUGGGUUCAAAUUCAACAGGGAAAGGUUUAAAGACUAUACAAAAAAAGAAAGGCUCUGAUCAGCUGCAGACCUGUCUGACUGUACUGAGAGAAAGGAGAUGUCAGGCCCCAGGGAGCAACCUUAAGCAGGUGAAGUUCCUUCAGUGUAUGGAGGUGACUCAGAAAGCCAGAAGGCCACCUUUCUCCUGCAAGCUUGAUUUGUAGGUGAGGCUGGAUUUUUCUUAAAAGAUCUCAAACUAUCAUUUAAGAUGGGAAUCUCAGUUUGCGCUGGCUGUAGAUUUCUCCUUUAUUUGGGAUAGCUGCUCAUCUGGACAGCUCCCCAUGGACUGUGCAUAGCAUAGAGCAGCUUUCUAGGUUUCUCAACCUAUGGGUCACAACACAAAAGUGGGUCACAAGAAUAUAUGAAAGGGAUGUGAAUAAACUUUAAAAAUAGAUUCUCCUUUAAAGGAGAAAAACAUGGGAGAUCAUGGUUUUUCCCUUGCAGGUUGGCAAACUCCCAGCCUGCAAGGGGCUGCUUUGGGCCUCCCCUCUAUGCCCCGCUCUCCCACACACUGUGGGGCUUGGGGUGGGGGCAGCAGGUCAGGAGUAAGGGUCACUGGGUCAGGACUAGCCCUUGAUGUUUACAAGUGGGCCCUGUUACAAAAAAGGUUGAGAACCACUGGUAUAGAAGAUAUAUCUUUAGAACAGAGGAAGAAGCACCUGUUACUGUCUACUGCUUCUCUGCAGAGUGUCCACACUGGAUUCCUAGCUCUUUCACUCACUGCAUGCCUGGGGCUUUUCAUUAAAAGGUGGCCUUUUUACAAGGCAUGUUUUCAGUCACAUGCUGAUCUUAAUUUAGCUCUCUUUAAUGGAAACUUCAACACUUGGAUAGAAUUAUAGUGGGGAGGGGGUGGUGUGUGAGAGCCAAGGGGAAGGCUGGAUUACAGUUAAACUUAUGGGUAUUGAGAAGGGUCACUGAAACUUUAAGGGUAGGGAAUGCCCUUACAUUUAACAAGGAAGCCAAACAGGAGGCUUUGCUUCCAUGCAGAAUGCAAAGUGAAACUUUUGUGGAUCCUUUCGUGCCAGUCUGGGUUUUCCAAGAAACUAAGAGAUUUGUGCUAUUUCUCAACUGCUGCUUUUUUUAUUCCCAACCCGACCGAACCAGAAAGGGAGGGAAUUAUGAGAGAAAUUCCCUUCCUCCAUUUGACUUUGGAACUAAAAAACCUCUGACUGGAAUACAGCCAGAGCUUCUGAAGUGAUUUCCAAUUAAAUGACAAGUUUCCAGUCACCCCAUGGAAAGAAAUAUAACUUCUCUCCCUCCUGUUACCUUUGCUCCCCCCCAAAAAUUGGGGCUUUUAAGGUCAGCAAGUGAGCAUGGCACCAGAACUGCAGAAGGGCAAUAGAGAGCUUGGUUUGAAGUUUAACAAGGCUCCAGAUAGGGCUUAGUGCUUCCUAUGGCGGGGAAGGCUGAUACGUUGUCCAUUAACUCAAUUAGCUCAAUAUGAGAUGAAGCUGAGGGUAUCUCGGCAAGGUCUGAUUUUGGUAACAGGAAUGUCGGGGCCUGGGCCCUGUCCAUUUCCAAAUCUCUGAAGCAUAGCUGGGCCCUAGCUUACACAACUAGGAAGCAGGGCACUGUGCUGCAAGUAAGCACUCUCAGAGCUAGGGCCAGUAAAAAAAAAAAGGGAGGGUUAGAGUUAUUCCUUACAUGCAUUCAGCAAGGUACUGCCUUGCCUUCCCCACUCAAACACGGGAUGCAAACACACUGCUGCCUCUGGCAGCACCAGGUGGUACCAGAGCUGCCUACCUGCUGGCAGUUGUCAUAUGCCAUUCCCAAGUGCCUUUUUACAGUCACCCCUGAGAUGCCGCCACAAUGAAAUAAGAGAUGCUGCAGGUUGGCAACCAAGGUUGCCUGGGCCUGCUGUGUCCAGCUCUCCCUUGGCUGGAGGCU